GCUCAUCUUCCCCGUUCCAGUCUUUCUUCUCACUUCUGUACGCCAUGGUCGCAACGACAACAGAACAACUGACAGCACUCGCUGGAACAACCGUCGUCGUCCACCCACUCGUACUCCUAUCAGUAGCAGACCACCAUGCACGCUCCGUCUCUCGUGGCUCGUCGAAGCGCGUCGUAGGCGUUCUCCUGGGCCAGGACAACGGCAAGACGAUCAAUGUGGCGAACUCGUUCGGGAUCCCGUUCGAGGAGGACGAGAAGGACUCGAAGACGUGGUUUUUGGACCAUAAUUAUAUCGAUGGGAUGUUCGAGAUGUUUAAGAAGGUGAAUGCACGGGAACGCAUGAUCGGCUGGUACCACACAGGACCGAAACUUCGCGCCUCUGACCUCGAAAUCAACGACCUUUUCAAAAAGUUCAUCGCACGGCCGGUGAUGGUCAUCGUCGACGUGAGACCACAAACGGUCGGGAUCCCCACGGACGCGUACUUUGCGGUCGAGGAAAUCAAAGAUGACGGCACCGAAACGCGGAAAACGUUCCUCCACGCCCCGUCCGCAAUCGAAGCCGAAGAAGCCGAAGAAAUCGGCGUCGAGCACCUCCUCCGCGACAUCAAAGACUCUACGACGACGACGCUCUCCACCCGUGUCAGCACGCAGCUUGCCUCGCUCCGCGGCCUCGAAUCGCGCAUCUCCGACAUCCAACGUUACCUCGCCGACGUCGCGGCGGGGACGAUGCCGGUGAACCACUCGAUCGUGUAUAGUUUGCAGGACGCGUUGAAUUUGCUGCCGGAUCUGGGGCAGGAGAGUCUGACGAGGGCGUUUGCGAGCGAGACGAACGACGAGCUGUUGGUGGUUUAUGUGAGUAGUUUGGUUAGGGCGGUUAUUGCGUUGCAUGCGUUGGUGGAUAAUAAGGCGACAAUUGGGAGGGCGGAGAUGGAGGAAGGAGAGAAGGAGAAGGAGAGAGAGAAGGAGAAGGAUAAGAAGGGUGAGAAGAAAGAGAAGGGGGACGGGGAGAAGGAGAAGGAGGCAAGUAAGGAGAAGGGGUUGUAGGUUGUAGCUCGUUGCAGCUCUGUAGGCUAUUGUGAUGCAUUAUUUCUUCAGCUUUCUUUCUUUCUUUCUUGUGGGUGUGUGUACUCAUCCAUGAUCCUCGGUCCUCC